AUGUCGCUGGAUCUGGAAUUUGAACCUGACCAUUACUUCUUCGACUUUCAUCCUGAAGGUCCUACUUUCAACUACUAUCGCCGUCAGUUUCUCGACUUUCAAGAUAGAUUCAGACCACCAGACGACCCCGCGCGCGAACUCUCGCCUGAAGACUCAGAGCCUUCGCCUUAUCCCUCCCCUAUCCCUUCACCCUCUCCCCCCUCAAGCAUUGCUACCAUGGAUCUCGAGAUGUUGGACCUGGGCAGAAGCAACGACGAUGUGCCCGUCCACACGCCUCGUCGUCGUACCAGGAGUGUUGAGCCCUCGACCACUCGCCUGUCCAUUCACACGCCAUCAAAUCGCUUCUUCCAGAACCCUCACUAUCCUCACUCGGCCAUUAACACGCCAGCCGCCCCAACUCCCCAUGCCGUGGCUGCUCGUCGAGCACUUGACCAGCGUCGCAUUGCCAUGUUCACCCCAGGCCGCACUCGUCGCCAGAGCUUCAGAGAGCAGAGAGAGACGCCAAUGUCCAUCCUGCGCCAUCUUGGCCGCGCCCUGGCUCCGACCAGCCAUGUGAUUGCCUCCUCAUCCUCCCCGGACAAGCCCUCUCCUAAUGGCAGCGGCAAUGGGGGUUCCAGCGGCAGUCGCAGGCGCGCAUCUCGACGAGCUGAUGAUGACGACGACGAGCUGCCAAUUGAUAGGCCUCGCCUGUCUCUGCCCCUUGAUGAGGGCUCCUCGGACGACUUGCAGCCUCCACAGUCGUCCAUACUCGAUGACGGAAACGUGACUGUUCAAUCUGUUGAGCUGCCUCGUCGAGCCACCAGCGAGGGCCCCCCAAGGCGCAGCUUUGGCUUCUUUCCGGGGUCUAACGACGACAUCAUGUGGGAUGAUAUUUACGGGGAGCAUAUGGGGUCGGAUCCCUUUGGUAGAUCAAUUGAGAUUGCCCCGCCGGCUCCUCUGGAUCCUGAGAUUGCAGAUUUACGCGACUUCAGCCUUGACAUGCCCUCUGGCCUGAGUGACAAUGAUCAGACCACCUUUUAUAUGAGGUCUCCCGUCAUUGAUGACGUCCAAACUGUCCUCAAUGCUCCCAACCCCGUUGAGGAUGACAUUGAGCUCAUGAACGAAAAGAGACAGGCAGAAAUCGAGGCAGAAGCCGAGACGGAAAUCGAGGCAUCGGCGUCGGCAGAGGAGUCGGCAGAAGCGUCAGCAGAAGCAUCGGCGGAAGCGGACAUGACGGCAGUGCAGCAAGCCGACGACGAGUUCCCCGAUUAUGGCGACUUUGCGUCCGUGUCCAGCCUGGGAGACGCUGAAAUGGAGGCCAUCACCAAGAUUGACUAUGAGACGUUUGGGCAAGAGCCUGAGAAACCCAAUGACGACAUCAUCGGAUACCCCCAAGGUCGGCCCAAGAAAAAGAAAGCCAAGACCUCCAAGACCUCCAAGACCAGGAUCUCCAAGCACAACAUUGAGUAUCCGCAGCUACCGCCCGCCUUUGUUAGGCAGGUUACCCAGGCGGCCAUACAGACGACGGGGUUGAUCAACCAAAGAAUCCCGGCCGACACCCUUGGCGCCUUGACACAGGCUUCGGAUUGGUAUUUUCAGCAACUCGGAGACGAUCUAGGUGCUUACGCCAAUCACGCCGGUCGAAGAACCAUUGAAGAGCGUGAUGUCAUUACCUUGAUGAAUAGACAACGCCUUCUUAACCCAGGACUCUCUCUCUUUAACCUCGCCAACCGCCAUCUUCCGCGCGAGCUCCAGCAGAUGCUGAGGUGUGCUAUUCCAGUAGCCCAUCCUGGCAUGUAUGCCACCCAUGCCACCCAUGCCGCGUACGUGCCCCAUGGAGAUGGCGGCGCGAAGCGGAAGAGAGAGGAAGAAGAGUAUGAUGAAGAUGAUGACGAUGAGGAAGAGGAGCUGGUCUUUCCAGAGGAUGAGGACGAAGAGGAAGAAGACGAAGAAGAAUACGAAGAGCAAUAG